AUGAACCUCGACGGCAGUACCGCCGGCUUCACCUUUGGCACUGUCUUCGUAAUCAUAUCCAUCUGUUUUGCCUGCAUCCGCCUUCGCCGGCUUUCCAACAACCCUGUCAACACCUUUGGCACGGCGGAGCUCUCCUCCGGAGCAGAAUAUGGCCUCCACGACUCCAUUAUCAACAGCUUUCCCAAGCUAUCCUACUCUGAGAUGAGGAAAAGCUCUUAUAAUAAUAAUCCCAACAAUAUUGAAGAUCCUUCUAGUUCUUCUUCGUGUUCCAUCUGCUUGGCAGAUUACAAAGAAGAAGACAUGUUAAGGUUGCUUCCUCGUUGUGGCCAUCUUUAUCAUCUUCACUGUGUUGAUCCAUGGCUCAAGUUACACAACACUUGCCCUAUCUGUCGAAUUCCACCAACCUCCUCUUGUGUUGGAGAUCACGAUGAUCGGUCUAAUGACUCCAUCUAG